CUUAAAUGACCGCGUCCGGCUGGCCGUGGAGCGUUUCUGGGUUGGGGAGAGGAAAGGAAAGUGGAAAAAAAACUGAGAACUUCCUGAUCUCUCUCGCUGUGAGACAUGUCUGAGACUCCUGCUCAGUGUAGCAUUAAGCAGGAACGAAUUUCGUACACACCCCCCGAGAGCCCGGUGCCCAGUUACGCUUCCUCGACGCUUCAUGUGCCAGUGCCCAGAGCGCUCAGGAUGGAGGAAGACUCGAUCCGCCUGCCUGCGCACCUGCGCUUGCAGCCCAUGUUCUGGAGCAGAGAUGACGUAGCCCAGUGGCUCAAAUGGGCUGAAAAUGAGUUUUCUCUAAGGCCGAUUGACAGCAACACGUUUGAGAUGAACGGCAAGGCUCUCCUACUUCUGACCAAAGAGGACUUUCGCUACCGGUCUCCUCAUUCAGGUGAUGUGCUCUAUGAACUCCUUCAGCAUAUUCUGAAGCAGAGGAAACCUCGGAUUCUUUUCUCACCGUUCUUCCACCCCGGAAACUCGAUACACACACAGCAGGAAGUCAUCCUUCACCAGAACCAUGAAGAAGAUAACGGUGUCCAGAGGACCUCAAGGCCGUCGGCCGAGAACGUACACCAGAACCCUCCCACCAUUGAACUGUUGCACCGUUCCAGGUCGCCCAUCACAACGAACCACCGGCCUUCUCCCGACCCCGAGCAGCGGCCCCUACGGUCCCCCCUGGACAACAUGAUCCGCCGCCUCUCCCCAGCCGAGAGGGCCCAGGGACCGAGGCUCCACCAGGAGAACAACCACCAGGAGCCCUACCCGCUGUCAGUGUCUCCCAUGGAGAACAACCACUGCCCACCGUCAUCCGAGCCCCACCCGAGGCCCUCCAGCCCCCGGCAGGAGGGCACGCGGGUCAUCCAGCUGAUGCCCAGCCCGAUCAUGCACCCUCUGAUCCUGAACCCCCGACACUCCGUGGAUUUCAAGCAGCCGCGGCUCUCCGAGGACGGGCUGCACCGGGAAGGGAAGCCCAUCAACCUCUCGCAUCGGGAGGACCUGGCCUACAUGAACCACAUCAUGGUCUCCGUCUCACCGCCCGAGGAGCACGCUGUGCCCAUCGGGAGGAUAGCAGACUGUAGACUGCUUUGGGAUUACGUCUAUCAGUUGCUUUCUGACAGCCGGUACGAAAACUUCAUCCGAUGGGAGGACAAAGAAUCCAAAAUAUUCCGGAUAGUGGAUCCCAAUGGACUGGCUCGACUGUGGGGAAACCAUAAGAACAGAACAAACAUGACCUAUGAGAAAAUGUCCAGAGCCCUGCGCCACUACUACAAACUAAACAUUAUCAGGAAGGAGCCGGGACAAAGGCUUUUGUUCAGGUUUAUGAAGACCCCAGAUGAAAUCAUGAGUGGCCGAACAGACCGUCUGGAGCACCUUGAGUCCCAGGAGCUGGAUGAACAAAUAUACCAAGAAGACGAGUGUUGAAGGAAGUGGUUCCCAGCUUAGUGGGCCAGCAGCCAAGGGCACCCUCCUCCCCAGGAUGGAUGGGGCAAGAUGAAGCAGAAAAGAAGAGACAUGGAUGUGGCAGUAACACUCCUCUCGCCCAGCGCGAGGGACCCCGCGGAGCACCUUAGACAAACCACUCAGCAACGGCGGCGCUGGAAUUCUGGCCGAGGGCACCAGCCUGGGACUCGCGUUCGUGGUUCCUUCUCGAUCGGAAUCUCUUGUCUGUGAUU